AUGACAAGUGUCCCUGUAUGUGAUCCUCAUCUUAUGAUUUCCACUAACAUAAAUCGUAAUCCAAAAAAAAUCAAAGAAUUCAUCCAUUCUGGAGUGGAAUGCGUAGAAUAUAAUGGUGUCACUGGAUCAACCAAUAUCAAAAUAGAAAUGAUUGUUCUAUACUCUUUACAGUCCGUGAGAUUCAAGCAUCUAGGUUCAUCAGGAAUUAAUAUUAAAGUAACAAAUAAUUAUCUUAUCUCAGGGUUCAUCAAAUUCUCUGAUUCUGGUAAAAUGCUAAUAGAAGCUACAGAUAUCGAUUAUCAAAAAUCUUCAAUUUAUAAUUCCACCAUGUCUGAAAUUUUAUCUGAUAAAUCACAAAAGACUCAUUCAAUUAUUGAAAUUAUUGCCGAUGAUUCUGAAUCCAGUACCACGCAAACGUCCAACUGUCAAUUUUCUUCUAAAACCUCAUUUGUUUUUGCUAACUCUAGUGCAGAAAUUAAUCCAACUUUUGAACAAAAAAAUGACUUGAACUUAGAAGCAGAGAAUGACAAUGAAGAACAGAAAAGCAAUCAUGAAGAAGAAAAUGAAAUACUUUCUGACAAAAAUGUAAAGACAACGGAUGAAAAUAAAGAAGAUCAGCCUAAAAAGAGAAAACGAAGUAUUAGAACAAGUGAAAAAGAAAAAGGAAAUAAAACAGCUAAAUAA